AAGGCCACAAAGAAAACUGACAAACCCAGGCCAGAUGAGAAGGAUGAUCUAGACAUAACAGAGAUGAGCAAUGAAGAUCUUCAAGAGCAACUUGUGAAGUAUGGACUAAAUCCUGGCCCAAUUGUAGCUACUACUAGGAAACUUUAUGAGAAAAAACUGUUGAAACUGAUGGAGCAAGGCCCAGAACCAAAGGCACCUGUGCCUGUCCCAGCGAUUUCUUCCGCUACAGAGAACACCAGGCAGAAUGGCAAUAAUGAUUCUGACCAGUACAGUGACAAUGAAGAAGAUCCGAAGACUGAACUGAGGCUUGAGAAGAGAGAACCAUUGAAAGCCAGGACAAAGACUCCAGUAGCACUCAAACAAAGAAGAGUUGUUGAACACAACCAGACCUAUUCUCAAGAUGGAGUUACUGAGACUGUCUGGACAAGUGGAUCUUCAAAAAGUGGACCUCUGCAGGCAUUUUCUAGGGAGUCUACAAGAGUGUCAAGAACAACACCAAGGAAAAGGGUGGAAGCUACAGCACAGUUGCCUGUAGAUGAUGCUGUAAUAUCAGAGAGUACUCCCAUAGCUGAAACUAUAUUGACUGCAAGCAACGAGACCCUAGUUGGCAGUAGGGUGACUGGAAAUUACAAGCACGCAGCUUCUACGCUGUCAAUCAGUGAACUCUCAGACAUGCCCAGAAGAACACCAAAGAAACCAUUGAUGACAGCUGAAGUGCUGGAGAAAACUCAUACAGAAGAACGAAGAGUAGAAAGGGAUAUUCUCAAGGAAAUGUUCCCUUAUGAAGUAUCAACACCUACAGGAAUUAGUGCUAGCUGCCGUAAACCCAUCAAAGGAGCUGCUAGCCGGCCUAUAGAGCACAGUGACUUCAGAAUGGAGGAAUGCUUCUCUAAGUAUGCUCCAAAAUACGGUACCUCAACUGACACCAAGUUGGAGAAACCACCAACAAAAAAAGAACACUCCAUUCCCCUGUGGAUAAAAGUUCUUCUCUUUGUUGUCAUUUCGCUCUUCUUGUUUUCGGUUUACCAGUCAAUGGAAACUAAUCAAGGAAAUCCUUUCUCUAAGUAUUCAAAUAUUAUCUUUCAGGGUGGUGCCAAGUGAGUAUCUUUCUGAAAGGCACACCUGAUUUGAUCUCCUAUUUUUAAUUGUAGAGAACUCUUCUGCCCUCUCAUCGGCUCAAGGACUUCUUACAAAUAAUGUGAUUGGAACAUGAUAAAUUGGAUAAAGGAAGAAAGAUAAUACUAAAUGGACAUCAGUCACUUUCUGGAUUUGGACUAGUAGGAGAUCACUGCCAUAGGAGUAACAUUUUUUUAAAUCUUUGAACUUUUGUAGGCUUUAUUUUUUUAAUGUGGACAUCCUUUAAAUUCAUUUUUGAGAAAAUGUAUAUUUGUUUUUGCAAGAACUUGGAAGCUGAGAAGGGCAAAAAUGUAGUAAAAUGUGAAGCUGUGUUUUUAAACCUUUUUCUUUGUACAGAAAAGAAGUUGUACUUCUGUCUCUAUAUAGAUUAUUGUGGAGGAGGAUUUUAACCCAGGUGAUAAAGGGAAAUGCAUUUUUGUGUGCAUUUUUUUCAGUAACCAUGUAACUGAAUUUGAUCUCUUAGGAUGUAGGGAGAGUAUGACAACCUUUUCUGUAGAUUACUGUAACUUUUUAGUAAAUGUAACUGUAAACCUGUUUGUAUUUCUGUAAAAGUCUUAGUAUCAUAUUAGUAACUCCGUUUAAGUGUAACUUCAUUUAAAUGUAUCACUUCGUUUUAGUGCUUACAGUGUUGCAGGAGCUGAAUACAAAUCUAAUUGGCAAGAGAUGUCUUAGAGGAACUUAUUUAUUAGUAAUAUGCGUGGAAAAUAAAAUUCACAUCAAUAUAAUUUGCUACUAAAAUACUUUUUUGGGUCAGAGUUGUUAUCUGAAGUAGUCUAAAUUUUGACGUUAGCAGUGGUUGUCUUUUUAAUUUUUUUUUUAUUUUUUUUUUUAAAAAGCGAGGUCUUUCCAACACAGCUUUGUGAUUAUCUUUGAAUAUUCAUGUAGAGAAGUAUUCUCAAAGUGUGAAAAUUCCAUAUGAAGUUUUAUUCUUGUAUGAAGAGGGCAUUGCUGCAUUUUCUGCUACAGUUUCAUCUUCUAAGGUGAGAUUUACUACUUUCAUGCAGUUGAAUAUUUUUCUCAGUGGAAGCAUGCUGAAACACUCUAUAUUGUGUAACUUAGUUGAGCAGGCAGCUGACUUCACUACUACCAAUGAAGAGUGAUAAGCAACAAUUUUUCAAAGUGAAUGUAUACAUUUUGGUGUGCUUAAAUCUGCAGCAUACAGAUGUUCAGUCUUACUGCUUGGUACAAAAUCGCAAUAAAUCAUACUAAUUCUUGAAGUGCUACUUAUAAAAAGCUGAGAACAUUAGUUAAUAGUCACUAUCUUUUUACUCUAGGUACAAUUAUUGCAUAGGCUAUAGCUAUGGGGAAGCUUUACUUUCUGUGAACUUUGGGACAGACAUGGUAAUUUGUAGCAAAGCAAUAGUUUUGGGGGUUUAUUUCUGUUAAGAUUAAUGUCUCUUUUUCCUUUUAAUCUGCCUUUUUAGUAAUCCAAAUAGCUAAACUUGUGUCCAUCCUAUAGAAAAUUGUAACGUAAGACAUUCACUUCUGGUGUCAAAAUGCAGAAAAAUAAAAAUGAUUUUAAUGUGUGUGCAUUUUCCUUAUCAAAAUGAAUUCAUUGCUGAAAAGCAGAAA